ACAACAAUUUAUUUUUUUCCCUUAAAAAAAUUUUAAAGUCUCAAAAAAAAUUGUAAAUGUCUAUGUUGUAUUUGCAUACAUAGCACAGCAUGCUUUUGCAGCCUGAGAUGCCUCAACUAUGUGCUCAGGAUGAUUUUAUAGAGCAUUUGUCAAGAGCAACUAUGGUUUUAUGUCCUUCGGGGCAAGGUAAGACCCCAGCACAAAUUCAGCCACUGCUACUUCUCAGAUACACCAGGUUCUUCCUGCAGCCUGGGCAGGGGAACGGGGUGGGAUACCUGGAAAGAAGGUGAACCUUGAAGAUUCCGGCCAGUCUGCCAGAGGGGAUUUCGAGACCUUCCCAGCCCAGGAGAACUGCUGACUGCCAUAGUGCAAGCACUGGAGGAAAUGGGACACCCACAUAUGAAAAGGAGCAGAUAAAUCACAAAGCUUAGGCGAGUGUGACACCCCAUGAUACUAGCAUUUCCCAAGCAGGGUGCCAUGAGAAUGGGAUUCAGGGUGCAUUUAUAGGAUCCCUUUGGCUUUUAGAAUGACAUGGUGGAACCUGGAAAGCCUGACUCACCCAUCCUCCCUGGGGCCAGUCACCCCUGGCCAGGAGCAGCCCCCUCCAUUUACCUCUGUACGCCUUACAGAUGAAUUAUUUUCUACACGUGCCAAGAUGUGAAAAAGGUUGGAAAGCUUUAAGCAGCCGCAGAGGUCUGGGGUGAAAGAAGGUGAGAGAAGAGUUUAGCUGAGAAGAAAUAUUCCAGUAGAAUAGAGCCUGGGGAAUUGGAAGAGCAAAGUGCCAGUGGCUGGGGGGGGGGAGGUGGCAUUUGUCCUUGUAAAGAUGAUUUCCCCCUCCUGUGUUGGAGGGAAAGUGAAUAGAAGUUAGCCUGCAGCAAGAACAAAUAUACCCCAAGGUCUAGGUCACUGCUUUGUGGCUGACAAUCAUCUGAUCUGCCCUUGAGCACAAAUGGAAAGUCUGGACCCAGAGCUGCAGUUGAUGCUGAUGCUGAGGCCGCUGAGGCUUGAUGGGAAUAAAUGGACACAGCCUAAGAGGAUGUGGGCUCCUGAGGCUGGCGGCGGCCCCCGGUUCCGGCUGUCUGGACAGAGGGCUUAGACUGCCCUCACCUGACCUGGCCAGAGGAGCAACCUGCUUCCCCCACACAGAGGCCGCUGACCACUAAGAGUCUUCAUCAGAGCAGCCAAGGGAGGCAGGAGGAGGAGGGGCGAUGAGAAUACUGGCAAAUACUUCUACAGCAUGUACUAGGUGCCAAGCACUAAGUGCUUUACAGAGGGUAACUUGCUUAAUCCUCCCAACACCAUGAGGUCCCAUCUGAGGCAGACCUGUCUCACAGGAGAGUGCUGGAGUCCCCGGCAGCAGCAGCAUCCCCAGCCCUAUGGUUCCUGGCAAACCCAGCAGACCUCAGCAACCCGGCUCCUGCAGAUGAUCCGAGCUGCCUCUGUCCACUCCUGGGCAGGUUGUGCUUGCAUUCUGGAAGCUGUUUGACACACAAAGGCCAGAUAUCAGCCUUCCCGCUAACUCUGGGGUAGGGGAGGUGUGGUUGGGUGUGUGAUUGUGUGUGUAUUUGUGUGUAUGUAAUGUGUGUGCACAUAUACAAGGCUGUGUGUAUGCAUCCGUUUGUGUGUGCAGGUUUGUGGACCUGUUUUGGGGCCUUCUCUCUUUCAGACUGCUGGGGAUGGGCACCUUCUCUUUCCCCAUCUCUUCCCCAUCCAGCCCCACCCAUCCCUGGUACCUGCAACUCAUCAAUACUGGAAACCAGCUCCUGCCAGUCCGUCCAUCUCUCAGCCUUGGCAGCAGCUGUUGCCCCUCAGCCGCCCUCCCCUUCCUACCUCAGGAAUCACUCUGGUUCCCGUAAAGCCCAUGACUGAGCAGCAAUUGGUGUGGGGUUGGGGGCAGGGAGAAUCCAGUAAACCCAGAUAGAAUACAAAAGGCCCACUCAGCCCAACCCGGGGCAUGGGGCAGACCCUCCUGCGUGGGAUCCAGAGCUGGGUCCAGCCACCCUCAGCCCCCUAUGAUGUACCCACCUCAUUGGGGCUUCUUGGGGAGUAUGUCUAGGUUUAGGGGCUGUGUCUUUAAGGCUGAAACAUCAGCAGACAACCUCUGCUGGGCAGUGUUCAGGGGAGGGGGAGGGGAAGCAGGGCUGGUCAGCCCAUUAGCAGCAGAACUGGCGCCAGGCACCAGCCCUUCACAGGGCCCUGGGGAUUAGGGAGUGUAGCUCUUCCCCAGCCCGAUCUGCCUCUGCGCCCCUGUCUCCUAUUCCACUCUGGGUGUGGUGAAGGAGGGGUAGCUGACAGCAGGUGAAAGUAGAGCCUGGCCUUCAGGGGGCAAGUCAAGGCACCAGCUAUGGCGCCUAAGCCAGGUCAACUCUCCUUCCAGCUGGCCUCCUCCCUACUCCUGUGCCAGAAGCCUGCCCUUUAACUUCAGGUCCUUCUACCUUGCAAUUUUCAGGGACCCUAGUUUAAAUCAGGCCUUCCUACCCUAGGUUCUAGCUUUGGGUGCUUGUUGGGAGGUAGUGACCCCCACUCCAGCUGCAACAGGGGGCAAUCAAGUGGGCAGAGGCCUGCAACCAGGGAAGGGAGGGGAAGGCGCUCCUGCUGUUCCGCAAGGGUGGGGCAUCCCCCUCCCCACACAACCCCCCUCCAGCGGGCCAUCAGGCCAGUAGGAGGAGCUGCCCGUGCCCCCCCUGAGACCGCAGGGCUAUAAAGCCGCCUCGCAGCGGUCUGCGGCUCCUUCCCAGCCCCCGGCCUAGCUCUGCCAACGGUGACUGCCCAUCCUCGGCUGCAAUGAGCCACCACCCGUCGGGCCUUCGGGCCGGCUUCAGCUCCACCUCAUACCGCCGCACCUUCGGGCCACCGCCCUCACUAUCCCCCGGGGCCUUCUCCUACUCGUCCAGCUCCCGCUUCUCCAGCAGCCGCCUGCUGGGCUCUGCGUCCCCGAGCUCCUCGGUGCGCCUGGGCAGCUUCCGUAGCCCCCGGGCGGGAGCGGGCGCCCUCCUGCGCCUGCCCUCGGAGCGCCUCGACUUCUCCAUGGCCGAGGCCCUCAACCAGGAGUUCCUGGCCACGCGCAGCAACGAAAAGCAGGAGCUGCAGGAGCUCAACGACCGCUUCGCCAACUUCAUCGAAAAGGUGCGCUUUCUGGAGCAGCAGAACGCGGCCCUGCGCGGGGAGCUGAGCCAAGCCCGGGGCCAGGAGCCGGCGCGCGCGGACCAGCUGUGCCAGCAGGAGUUGCGCGAGCUGCGGCGAGAGCUGGAGCUGUUGGGCCGCGAGCGUGACCGGGUGCAGGUGGAGCGCGACGGGCUGGCGGAGGACCUGGCGGCGCUCAAGCAGAGGUUGGAGGAGGAAACGCGCAAGCGGGAGGACGCGGAGCACAACCUCGUGCUCUUCCGCAAGGAUGUGGACGACGCCACUCUGUCCCGCCUGGAACUAGAGCGCAAGAUUGAGUCUCUGAUGGAUGAGAUUGAAUUCCUCAAGAAGCUGCACGAGGAGGAGCUGCGAGACCUGCAGGUGAGUGUGGAGAGCCAGCAGGUGCAGCAGGUGGAGGUGGAAGCCACGGUGAAGCCGGAGCUGACGGCAGCGCUGAGGGACAUCCGCGCGCAGUACGAGAGCAUUGCCGCGAAGAACCUGCAGGAGGCGGAGGAGUGGUACAAGUCCAAGUACGCGGACCUGUCCGACGCUGCCAACCGGAACCACGAGGCCCUGCGCCAGGCCAAGCAGGAGAUGAACGAGUCCCGACGCCAGAUCCAGAGUCUGACAUGCGAGGUGGACGGGCUGCGCGGCACGAACGAGGCGCUGCUCAGGCAGUUGAGAGAGCUGGAGGAGCAGUUCGCCCUGGAGGCGGGGGGCUACCAGGCGGGCGCCGCGCGGCUCGAGGAGGAGCUGCGACAGCUAAAGGAGGAGAUGGCGCGGCACCUGCGGGAGUACCAGGAGCUCCUCAACGUCAAGAUGGCCCUGGACAUCGAGAUCGCCACCUACCGCAAGCUGCUGGAGGGCGAGGAGAGCCGGAUCUCCGUGCCCGUCCAUUCUUUUGCCUCCUUAAGUAUAAAGACGACUGUGCCUGAGGUGGAGCCUCCCCAGGACAGCCACAGCCGGAAGACGGUUCUGAUCAAGACCAUUGAGACCCGGAAUGGGGAGGUGGUGACAGAGUCCCAGAAGGAGCAGCGCAGUGAGCUGGACAAGUCUUCUGCCCACAGUUACUGAACCCCUUGGUCCAGAGCCUUGACUCUGCCCUAGGCCUGCUCUAAGCCCAAACCCUAACACAACUCCUGAAUUGUCUCCUCUUCCACUGCAUGUGUCUAAAAGGUGGUACCAGGCAUCCCUUUCCUGGCUUAUGGCCAAACCCUACCCGGCCAGCAGUCGCUGAGCCUCUCCCUGCCCUGACACUUGAUGUGACCUAUGUGCUCCCCUUUUCAUGUCCCGAUAAGAAGCCAAUGAUCCCCCCCCCCCAGGACAAAUCUACUCCAGCCACGAUGAGAAGUGGGUGAGCCAGGGUCUGAGUUUCACGUUUGAACCAAAUAAAAUGCUGUCAAGAGAAAACUCUCCAGUGCA